AUGCUGUCUAUUUUACGCAAGGCAAGAUUGAAGGACAAGGAGAUGAGGAUUCUGAUGCUGGGCCUUGACAAUGCCGGCAAGACAACCAUUGUCAAAAGGAUUAUGAACGAGGAUGUCAACACCGUCAGUCCUACACUAGGCUUCAUUAUCAAGACCAUUGAUUACAAGGGCUACAAGCUCAACAUCUGGGAUGUCGGUGGGCAGAAAACUCUCAGAUCAUAUUGGCGCAACUAUUUUGAGAAGACUGAUGCCCUAAUAUGGGUGGUGGAUGCGACUGAUCGUUUGCGGAUCGAGGACUGUCAUGAAGAGCUUCAUGGCCUGCUGCAAGAAGAGAGGCUCUCUGGGGCAAGUUUGCUGGUGUUUGCGAAUAAAACAGACGUGAAUGGGUGUAUGAGUGAGGCAGAGAUCCAGGAGGGGCUCCAGCUCAAUGCUAUCAAAACUCACCAAUGGCACAUCCUUCGGUGCAGCGCGAUCACCGGUACCAAUCUUCAAGAAGGUUUGGAAUGGGUGGUCGAGGAUGCCAAAGCGAGACUGUUUCUUUACUGA